CCUCUGCUGCCUGGACCUCACCAGCGCCUCCAGCCCAUCCAUUGCCAGACUCAGCAGCAAAAUGCAGAAGCUGCAGCUUCUCUGCCUCUGUCUCCUGGUGCUGGGAUGUAUCCUGGAUGUGCACGGUGGGAACAACGUCUUCGACUGCUGCCUGGGGACAAGGGACAAUCCCAUCCCGUCACGGAUAGUGAGGAGUUACCGGCUCCAGCUUGUGCAGGAUGGCUGCGAUAUCCCAGCUGCUGUGUUCAUCACCACAAGGGGCAAGCGCCUCUGUGCCCCCCCGCAAGCCCAGUGGGUGCUUAAGCUCCAGGAGAAGCUGAAUGCCAAAUUUGCCCGGAAGGCCAAACACCAGGGCAAAUAG